AUGUCAGUGAAAAGUUGGCACCUUCUUUUAUAUUGCGCGCUUGUGGCGCUACCACAAAUUCGUUGUGCAAUCUUCGCUUACGAUGUGGAUCGUAAUACGAGUACGAAUAAUUUCAAUGAAGUGAUCGAGCGUCCGACAGGUUGGCUGCAGGCGGCACAGGAUAUGAUCGCCAGUCCGGCGGGGCAUGUGGUGACGCAGGUGGCCAAGGAGCUGAUCAAUCGCUCCACAGGCAAUAGUCAAGUACUCAGCUUGAAUCUGACGAACCUACUUAUCAUAAUUCUUCUAAAAAUAUUAAUAUUUGCCGCUGGCAUGUUGGGUGCUGGACACUGGAGUGGCUAUGGAUAUGGUUAUGGACAUGCGCGAAGUGCAGAGGAUAUCCACUUUGGCUUGAGUGACGGCGAAGAUUACCUUAUCACCGGUUUCUUGGCAGCACAAGGCAUCGGACUUGAUGAUUGUCUAUAUGCAGCGGCAUGCGCCAGCCCGAAUGUGGCCUAUGAAUAUGCAAAGGCCGCAAAAGCAUUAAUUGAAGGCAUCGAAAAGUACGAGGGCAAUGCUUUCAAUAAUCCGCGCUACAACGAUCUCAUUGUGCUGCUGGAGAAGGCGGCCUAUGAUGGCUAUCGCGGCUUGCCCUGCAACAGAUCAUCGAAAUGCGAUAAUAUUAACUGAGCAGACUAACAGAUAACCACACCGUUAUAUACAUUAACAAAUACAUUUUUCAAUGAUUACUUUUUAUUGUAUUGCUAUUCAAUUAUCAGUAAGUAAUUUAGCAUUUUUUAUUAUUAAUCAAACAGACUAUUAUUUAUGCUAGCGUUGUUUAUAAAAAAAUUUUAAUCGCUUGGUAGUUAUUUACAGUCUUAAUAUG